AUGUCUCAGCUAAAAGCAAUGGCUGGAUCUGUAUCUGAGCGUGGCUCAUUAUCGUCCCCGGGGAGGGAAUGCAGACCCCCUUCUUCGUCGCGAUACUCUGGAAUCACUUGUCCUCAACCUGUCGUGGCUAUGGCACGCAUUUCAUCCUCUAGUCAUGUGCUUUUUGACAUACCCUCUCAAUUCCCCCUUUUCACUGAUGAUCCCAUCAAUUACGACACGGUGAUUUCGUUGCCAUCUCCGCUGGGAGUACUUGCAGCUCCAACAUCAUCUUUGUCGUCCUCGUUUGCGACCAACAGCCGUACCACAUCGCGCGCUAUGGUCAUACGAAGAAAUUAUUCUGAUAAAAGUCACUCUCCUCAACCUACGCCUGAUGAUGGAAAUAGUGAUGGUGCUGGUCAUAAUAAUAAUAAUAAUGACAAUGACGCCGCAUCUCCAGUUUCUUCCGCAACCUCUGCUACUGUCUCGGUGAUGGUGACUAUCACCUCCGAAUCGACUUAUGACACAAUGGUGACGUUGGGGAGCACUAGUCCUGGGAGUACCCAACCUUCGCCCACCGGAACUGUCGCAUCUGCUCCGUCAACAGUGACAUUGGGGAGCACUAGUUCUAGGAGUGUUCAACCUUUGUCCCCUGGAAAUGUCGCAUCUACUCCGUCAACAAUGAUAUUGGGGAGCACUAGUCCUGGGAGUGUCCAACCUUCGCCUACUGGAACUGUCGCAUCUGCUCCGUCAACGGUGACAUUGGGGAGCACUAGCCCUGGGAGUGUUCAACCUUGGCCCACUGGAACUGUCACAUCUGCUCCGUCUACAUCUAAGCCCAGAUCUCUUCCCUUGAUAUUGGGACUUGUUUUUGGAGUCAUUUUUCUUGUCGCCCUCGCCGUGGUAAUCUACGAAUUCCGCUCUCGCCGGCGCCAGCAGGCUGAGUUGCUCCCUCAGCCUCUGCCAGGUCAUGGGAACCAGAAUUACCAAGAGCAGUCGCUGCGAGACCCAACCCCACCGGCAACACCAGCCACACUAGAAAGACGCCCUCGUGCUCCCCCACUUGUUGGAAGGGUAUCUGAAUGGCGGUCAAGAUGCCGCUCUCAAGACAGUUCGGAGCCGACGAGUGAGGUGUUAUCAGACCCUUUUGCAGAUGGGUCUAUCGCAGUUUCUUCAAGGACCAGUGAACCUGCAGCGAACAACCACUUUGCAGUAUUUGGCGAAAGGCUCAGUGUGCUGCACACAAGCGAUAACUCGGAGUUGAAUAUUCUUGCCCCCAUUCCACCGAACGCUGGGACGUCGAUACAUUCGUCGUACUUUUCUCCAACUGGUCAUUAUCGCGAGAGGCAUGCCCCACUUGCAACGUCGGCAGAAGACACAAUGGAAAGGUCGUCGCUGGUUUUCACGCCGGCAGUGAUCGUUUGA